AUGGAGAAACGUGUAGUGUUACCAACAACCUCCAAAGAAGCCAGGAAAGCGGAUCUGACAAAAAAGCUUAUUUGGAUUACAGUGGUUUCCUGUCUCCUAUCUAUGCACUAUGGCUACAACUUCUGGGUAUCUUACUCUCCUACUGUGCUUGUGGCAAAAUUUUAUAACAUAUCAGUUGGUCAAUCGGCCUCUGAAGGACUUGAUGUGCUCACUUUGUCAGUCAUCAUAGGUGCAUUCCCACUUGGAGGUAUAUUCGGGGCAAUUGUGGGUACCUGUUUGACCGACAGAAUUGGCAGGAAAGGUACCUUGUUGCUGGCUAAUUUUUUGGCCCUCCUCUCUGCUCUGUUCAUGGCUUCCUCCCAUUACAUAGGUGCCUUUGAAUACGUUAUGUUUGCCCGCACGUAUACUGGGAUGUGCGCAGGUAUGGUCUCUACCGGUGUUCCAUUGUACCUUGGUGAGAUCGCCCCCAGAAGUCUGCGGGGUAGCGUUGUCAUGGUGCCUCACUUAUUUCUAACCAUUGGGGUUCUGUUAGCUCAGGCACUUGCUCACAGUCGUCUCCUGGAGGCAUCAUCAGGAUGGCCUAUAUUGAUGGGUCUUGCUGGAAUUUUCCCAUUGUGUCAAAGUGUGAUAUUGCCUUUCCUUCCUGAAAGUCCAAGGUAUCUACUAAUUCAGAAGAAGAAUGAGGAAAAAGCAAUAGAAGCCUUGCAGGUUCUGAGAGGAAGGGAUGAUGUGGAAGAUGAGAUUCAGGAGCUUCAUCAGGAGGACGUUGCUGAGAAGGCAGACAAGCACAUGAAUGCACUGAAGUUGAUAAGGAUACGAAACAUGAGGUGGCAUGUUCUUACUAUAGUUGUUUUGAUGACCGGGCAGCAGUUUUCUGGUACCAAUGCGGUAAGGAAGGCAGAACUAUCCAAAACAGGAAGAACGAGGAGAUACCAGUCAUGGAACUAUGUGAAAGCUCCUGGCUGUUACAGGCACCUCUGUAUAUACCUGGUGGACAACUUGGGACGAAGGGUUGUGCUUCUUAUUGGCUAUUUAUCUUGUUCCAUCACCUUACCUCUCCUGCUCAUGUCUUUUGAAUUGCAGAAGAACUUCCCACAGAUGACAUAUAUCAGUGCAAUUUUGAUUGGUGUAUUCCUCUUGUCGCAUGCCUUUGGGCCAUAUCCAAUUCCAUAUCUAAUUGUUACUGAGCUCUUUCUUCAGUCGUCACGUUCCUCCGGCUUUAUGAUUGCUGGAAUUUUGGAAUGGCUUUUCAACUUUAUCACAGGAAUGUCAUUCAUUGAAGUAGAAGAAAGAAUCGGUAACCUCAGCAUCAUGCUUUUCUUCCCUGUCUGUAUUCUCUGCUUUGUUUACAUCUUCAACAUUCUCCCUGAAACAAAAAACAGGACCUUCGUGGAUAUCAAGAGACUCAUGGCAAUCCAGACAGCCAAGAAGGUCAAGAUCAAGCAGAUAAUGAGUGCAUAAG